AUGUUUAUUCUUUCUCAAAAACUCAAGCUUCUCAAAGGUAAACUUAAAGCUUGGAAUAAGGAUGGUUUUGGCAAUGUGCAUGAUAUGUUAAACAAAGCUUUUGCUAAUUUGAGGGCAGUCCUUUCUCAAAUUCAACUUGAAGGUCAGAAUGAUGAUCUGUUUGCUAAAGAAAAAAAGGCACAACUGGACUUGGAAACUGCUUUGAGUUGGAAGAAUUGUUUUGGCAAGAGAAAUCAAAAUUCAGACGACAUAAUGAAGGAGACAGGAACGCUGCUUUCUUCCAUAGGAUUUCCAAAAUUAGAAACUGCACUAAAGUUAUAUCUUCUAUCCGUCAUGAGGAGGACUUCUUCACUAACCCUGAGGAAAUUUCCAACAUUUUUGCUAGUCACUUUGAGAACCUGUUCAACACUAACAACAAUUGCACUAAAAAUGGUCUGGUGGAGAAGGUGGUUCCUAAGCUAG